AUGACACCACCUCACGACAUGGCGAGCAUCGACACGCGCCCGCAAGAUACAACACAGACCUCUUUUGCAACGGGCCCAUCGUUUUACCCUGAAUCACCAAGCCCUCCGAUCUCCCGUCUGCUUUUCGCCAUCCAACCUGUUCUUACACAAAACCAAUUAAAUCUUCAACUUGGUUACGUGGAAUAA